AUGUCACUUUUAUCAGCGAGCAUGUUACAUCCUAGACCUCCGAUAUUAGGUUCACCUUACGUACCUAAUUUGUACAGAACUUUCAAUUCAUCAUUGCUUACGUAUAGCAAUCAACCUAUAGAUUCACUAUCGAUUCCUCCUCUUUCGCCAGAAUCACCACCAAGGAGAACAACACCGAGGACAUCAAGUGUGAGUUUAAGUGCGUGGUAUAUAAAAGAAACUUAA